AUGAGUCUGAAAGUUCAACCCUUGGUAGCACUUCGCAACAUUCAACAACAGUUUCAAUUAGUUGAAUUGAAUAAUUGUGAUACUGAAAAUUUAGAUCAAAUUGUUAAAGUUUACAGAAAUUUGGCAACCAUUUUAUCAAAAUAUAAAAUCAAAAUUAACCAACUUAAUAGUGACGAUGAUUUUGAUUUUUUUCCAACUUUAUCAAGUCUUGUAAAUCAAUUACACUACCAUGAUGAGAUUUUGGAAUGUAAACUGGAACUAUUACAUGACAUAUUCCCCAUGUUGUUACUUCAUUACUUAACUAACCCAAAUUUAUUUUACUUUAUCGCCAAGAAAUUGCAAGAUAAUGAAACAUUGCAAAAGAUUUUGACGGUGUUGUGUGAAGGUAUUGAUCCAACACAAGAGAGAGUUGGUAUUUUAACUUUUUGGAAAUUGUAUAGUAUCAAUAAGGAUAAUCGAUCCUUAUUAAGAAUGCACGGAUUUUCCAUGGUUUAUUCGGUGGUUCCAACAUUAAUUCGUAGCUUUGGAAUUGUUGAUAAUAUAAGAACAAGUUUAAUUAAUUUAGAAAAUCAAUCCAAUGAAUUACUUUUCCAAUCAUUGAAAUCCUUUUUAUCUAUUGAACUGCAAAAUUCUAAACAAUUACUUUCAAUCUUAAUUAGAAAUGAUCAUGCAUUAAUUGAAUCUUUAGAACUUGCUAUUUCAAACCCCAAUACUUCGGAAAUUUGUCGUAAAUGUAUUAUCAAAUUAUUUGAACUGGUUACUAAUACUUUAAUAAUCCAUGGGAUUGAAUUUGAUCAAGAAUUUGAUAAUGUAUUGAUUUCUAAAAUCCCGAAUGAAAAUUGUAUUAAAUUUCUUAUUGAUAAGGAUAAAUUGCAAAAUUCAAUUUCAUAUGCUUUAGAAUGUCUUGAACAUGGUAAUGAUUUGAAUUUUUUAAAUUUAUUUAACAUUCUGGUUUACUAUUUCCUUUCAAUGAAUAAUAUUAAUACAUCAUUAUAUGAUAAUGAAUUGAACUUACUUGAAACUUUCAAUAAAAUGAAUACAACUAUUUCUUUUAAAGCAUUUUUAGAUAGUUCCAUAUAUUCAAUCUCCAAGCAUUUAUUGACCAAAGUUGAUCGAAAUUUUAAAAGUUUCCCUAAACUUAUCCAAAUUCAAUAUGGAAAUUUUGAAUUACCACCUCUUUCUAAAUCAAAUUAUCUCUUUGAUAAUCUGUGGGAUACUGAUAAUUUUAAUAUAAAUAUGAAAUUAUCAAAUAAUAAGUAUAAUCUAAACCUUUUAUUGUCGGGAUUACAAUCAUGUUGGAAUUUACAAAUUCAAACAAUUGGAAAUGAAUUGAAAUCAUUAUCAAGUUUUAAAGAAGUUCCCCAAGAAAUGUAUCUCAACUUAAUUGUUAGAUCUGUCAACAAUUCAUUAGCAUCAUUAUUUGCAUUUGCUGCCAUUAUAAAUACUAAUCAAGUUGAUAAUAGUAUUAAACAACUGAGUAAAAUUCUUAUUGGAGACUUUUUAGAAAAAUUGAUAACUUUUAAAAUUGAAUCUACCAAUGAAUGUGCAAUGAUGAUGUGCUUUAUAAAUUUUUCAUGCUCUUUGUGUCAAUCAAGUUUGGAAUAUCUUGAUAUAUGUGAUAUGAUUAUUGGAUUGGUAGUCACCCAUGAUUCACCAACGUUGCAAAACAUUUUGAAGAAUUAUAUUGUUGAUGUUUCUUUACGUAGAUUUGUCACAAUGCUUGAUAAGGAAGAAUGUAACUUUAUUACCAUCAGGAAAUAUUUAUCAUUACCAGUAAGUAAUAAGGCUCCAACUUAUUUAAAUGUUUCAAUUAAUACUUUCCAGUCAUUUUAUAAUGAAGAUUUAAACCAACAUAAGAAUGAUAAACUUCAACCAAUGUCGAAUACUAAAAGACGUGAAUCUGAAGUCAAGCAAAAUCUUAAGAGUAACCAAUCUUAUGAUUAUAACUCUGAUAUUUAUAAAUACAGAGAGAAAAGAUAA